AUGGAUUACGAAGGACCGUUGCACAGUAAGAAAGCCCUUCCCGGGACCGUGGGCUCGUACAAACCCUCCAGCCUGUUCAGGAGCAGCUCUCUCCUGAGUCACCAGGGAAGGAGAAGUUUGCUAAGUCAGAACCUGGGCCAGAAACCACAAGAAAAGCAGUUGUCCUGUGACAUGCUCCUUAAACUUUCCAGAUAUAUUUUAAUGGAUACCUUUGGACCUAGCUUGGCCUGGAAUCUGUUUCGGUUUUAUAACUGUGAUCAAGAAGUCAACCUGCCCCAAAUUCAUAUCAGUCCUCUCAAGGUGGCCCAGCACAAGGUGAAGCCGUUCUUGCUACGCAGGGUACUGCAGCUCUUCAGGCAUAUGGGAGUGUUGUCCGAAGCUCAGCAGUCCAAGGCCUUCUCUCGGCUCAAGAAGCAAAUGCUUAAACCAAGGAAAACACCGCUAAAGCCCAAAGUGGAACAAAGUGGGGAACAUUUGCAGCCACCGGGUUACAGCGUUCUCCGUAGAUCUGCCAGACGCAGGACAGCACAGGGCAAAAGAGCCCUGCGGGAAGGUGCCGGCGGGGCCAGCUACCUCCCAAGAAGGGCCAAGGUGACCACACUGGGGUCUGGUGUGCCUCAGCCCCCUGCCCUUCUUGGGGAGGCAGCUGUCCCCCCAGCCGCCCACUUUGCGUUUGAGCCCAGCCAGGUGCUCUGCUGGUCCGCACAGAGCCCCCGGGCCCUGCCCGGGCUGAGACUCGCCCUGCGACCCCGGGGAGCGCGGCGGGGAGCCCGCAGCCCCCAGGGGCUCGGAGCCGGGGAAGACCUUGCCGUGCGGGCAGCGGGGCUCUCCCCGGCCCCGAGCAUCUGGGCGCCGGUCGCAGAUACACGUCCAGGCUGGAGGGAUCGUCCCCGGCUGGGAGGAGCCAGCAGCUCCGCUUCUGUAAACAGUGCGGGCACCGCCAGCGGUUGGAAGAUGGAUAUAAAUAGGGAGGCGGAGGGGAGGCAGCCGGAGCGGAGGAGCGGGAGCUGCCUGCGCCUGCCUGCCCCUGCCGCCGGCAGCCGCGGUGCCGGGGAUAGGGAAGGAAAAAAGGAAAAAACCAAACGCCAAAAACACAUCCAAAGCAAAGCGUGCCGUUGCGCCGGCUCCGCGCAGAGCCGCGGCGAGGGAGCGGGCGCGGCGCACGUGUUGCGGGCGGGGGCUGCCCCGCGGCAGGGUUUGGGAUGUCACUCGCUUGGCUCCUUCCCGCUCUCCCUCAGGCAGCCCUGGGCGCUGGUGGGGAUCCUCGGAGGGGAUCAGCUUUCCACAGCAGAGGAUAAGCGGGAGUAUCGCGGGCAUGGAACAACGGGGUUCGCCGUGGCCCAAAGAGAUUUCCUCACCUACGAUGGCACCCGUUUUACUGUUACUGCUUUCAGCGGAUGGAUAAAAGGGGUGCCUCAUAAUGGAUUUAAAGUGGAAGUGUCCAAAGGAAUAAUUCUUCAUUUGGUGGAUGAGGUUACAAGUUGGUUACCUGGCGACCGGAUCGUCAUUGCCAGUACAGAUUAUUCUAUGCAUCAGGCUGAAGAGUUUAAUCUCCUUCCUUGCCCUGAAUGUAAAAGUAAUCAAGUGAAAAUUGAUGGCAGCCCACUUUAUCUUCACAUUGGAGAAGUCAUUGAUGGCAUCGAUAUGAGGGCAGAGGUUGGUCUUCUGACUAGAAAUAUACUUAUUCAAGGAGAAAUGGAAGACUCCUGUUAUGGACAAAAUCAAUGUCAGUUUUUCUCCUUUGACACAUUUGGAGGACAUAUUAAAAUCCUAAGGAAUUUUAGCUCUGUUCACAUGUCAGGAGUGGAAUUAAAAAACAUGGGGCAGCAAAUCCUGGGCAGUUAUCCUGUGCAUUUUCACUUGGCUGAGGAUGUGGAUGAGAGAGGAGGAUAUGAACGCCCAACGUACCUUGAUAACCUGGCUAUCCACCACUGCUUCUCUAGGUGUGUUGCCAUACAUGGAACUCAUGGCCUGCUGGUAAAAGACACCAUUGGCUAUGACACUCUGGGGCACUGUUUCUUCCUCGAAGACGGGACGGAACAACGCAAUACAUUUUAUCACAACUUGGGCCUCCUCACGAGGUCGGGGACAAUCUUGCCUUCGGAUCGCAAUGAGGCUAUGUGCCUUGCCAUCCGCAGCCGCGUCUAUGGGAAUUACGUUCCUGUGCCGAGCACCGACUGCAUGGCUGUCAGCACAUUCUGGAUUGCAAAUCCAAACAACAACUUAAUAGAGAAUGCAGCAGCUGGUGCUCAGGAUGUUGGGAUAUGGUACAUCUUCCACCGGGUUCCAACUGGACAGUCUGAGGGGCAAUAUCCAGAGGGACAGGCUGAACAUACCCCCUUGGGAAUAUUUUACAACAACAGAGUCCACUCCAAUUUCAAGGCUGGUUUGUUUAUUGGAAAAGGAGUAAAGACAACGAGAGCCAGCGCUGAAGAUCCCAGAGAAUAUCUCACUGUCGAUAAUGCCAGGUUUCACCCACAUCAAGAUGCUGAUCCUGAAAAGCCGCGAGUUCCUGCCGUCAUUGAUGGUCUUAUUGCUUUUAAAAAUAAUGACCAUGGGGCCUGGGCCAGGGGCGGCGACAUUAUUUUCCGCAACUCGGGGUUUUCAGACAAUGGAAUUGGACUCACUCUAGCAAGUGAUGGGACGUUCCCAACAGACGAAGGCUCCAGCCUGGAGGUUACACACUCCAUUUUUGUUGGAGAAAGCAGCAACUUUGGCUCCCAGGGAGGUCAAAACAGCUACUGGGGAAAAGGGGCAAAUGGAGAAUACAGAACGCUGCCCAGAAACAAGACAUUCCCUAUUCGUGGAUUCCAGAUUUAUGAUGGGCCUGUCAGGAUGGCAAAAUGCACUUUCAAGAAGUUCACCCCGACUGUUGACAGAUACUCAAGUGCCAUCGGGUUCUUCAUGAAAAACUCCUGGCAGAUAAGCCCCCAGAAUAAUGUGUCGCAGAUCCUGAUGGAGAAAAGCGUUGGACUGAAGGUGUUUUUUGGCAGAUCAGGCGAAUGGUUUGGAAACAACGAUAAUGACGGUGACAAAAUGUCUAUCUUCCAUGAUUUGGACGGCUCGGUGACAGGGUAUCCGGACACUUUCAUAGGCAGAGCAGACAACUACUUGCUGCGUCAUCCCGGGUGUCUCACUGUCCCGCGCUGGAAUGGGGUGAUGUGUACCGGGAAAUUCGCACAGCUUUAUAUUCAGGCCAGGCGCCCUGAGAAUCUGACCUUAUCCAUUGCCAGAGCAGCAUACCAUUCCCAUCCCUUGCAGUUGCAAGGCGUGAACAGAGGAGCACCAUACCAGCAGUACCAGCCUGUCGUCAUGCUCGAGCAGGCUUAUAUCAUCCAGUGGGACGGCAGAGCACCUGAGGAUAUCAUCCUGUACCCAAUCAACUUCAACAGAGGAGACUGGCUGCACGUUGCCCUCUGCUAUCCCAGGGAAGCCAUUUUUCAGGUGGUGGCAGAUAUCUACCAGCGACGGACAGGGACGGUGCACAGCGUAAAGCACUACCUCGCCGCUCCUUCCCGGGCCAGCGCUCUCAACAGGACCGGCGAGCAGCUCUUCUACUUUGACAGAGCAUCGGGGUACCUAUUUGUUCACCUGCAAGCCCAUGAAGCUCGGAGAGGACACAGUUACUGCUCUCAGCAAGGCUGCGAACGUGUUAAAAUCACGGCGCAUAUGUCCCCAGGGGACUCCUGGAGCUGUGACCCAAACCCCUUCCCAGAGAGGCCAGCAGCUGCCCAGCACCCCGUGUCCCAGCACCCGGCUGGGCCGUGCAGGGCGUGUGGGGCCCCGCAGCUUGCUAUCACUAGCACACCCUCGGUCAAGUAUAUAAGGAUCCAGAUCCAGUCUCUCAGCAGGGUGGACAUACAAAACCACUUGACAUCCGCGUUCAUUAAGAUAAAUGAUAAGGUUUUCCUGUUCAAUAGCCGUGGGAUAUUCUUUGUGGUGCUAGAUGCAUGUUCAGGAGCAGUCGUGAGUAGGCAGCACUUUGACGCAGUUACUGGUGAAAACGCUGCCAGUACAAUAACUGAUUACGUUCAAACAUUUAUAAAAGAGAGAUCACUUGUUCUCGUGUGCUCUAGAGAUAUUGCAGACGUGGUGGGGAGCUCUGAAAUGUCUGUUUUUACCAGGUUAGGUUCAGCAAAGCCUAUUGUCUUCCACAAGGAAGGGAGUUUUGCCAUGCUUGGCUAUAAAGGACAAGCCAAACCCUCCUGGAUUAAAGUCCUUAAUCAUGCUGGUUAUCAGAAAGCUGCUUCUCUACAGCAUUAUGUUCCCUUGAAGCUGAAAGAAUAUCAAUGUCCAGCUAAUGCUGACAAGUUGCUAAAAUUCGCUUUUUCUCAGAACCACUCAGAGCACAUCUCUGCAGAGCCCGCGGCGCCUCGGGAUUAG